UGGAACGAGCCACAUCAAACCGGCCUCCGCCACCGGGACCCCGGGCCGGCCCCCCACCCCCUCCCCUCUGCCCGAGCCCACCCGGGAUGAUGAAGAAGAACAAUUCCACCAAGAGGGGGCCCCAGGAUGGAAACCAUCAGUCCGCACUGCCUGAAAAGGUCGGCUGGGUGCGGAAAUUCUGUGGGAAAGGGAUUUUUAGGGAGAUCUGGAAAAACCGCUACGUGGUGUUGAAAGGGGACCAGCUCUACAUCUCUGAGAAGGAGAUAAAAGAUGAGAAAAAUGUCCAGGAAGUAUUUGACCUGAGCGACUAUGAGAAAUGCGAGGAGCUUCGGAAAUCCAAGAGCCGGAGCAAGAAGAAUCACAGCAAGUUUACCCUGGCACACUCCAAACAGCCUGGGAACAUGGCACCCAACCUGAUCUUCCUGGCAGUGAGUCCAGAGGAGAAGGAGUCUUGGAUUAACGCCCUCAGUUCUGCCAUCACCCGAGCCAAGAAUCGAAUCCUGGAUGAGGUCACUGUUGAAGAGGACAGCUACCUUGCCCAUCCUACCCGUGACAGAGCAAAGAUCCAGCACUCUCGACGUCCCCCCACCCGAGGACACCUAAUGGCUGUGGCCUCAACCUCUACCUCUGAUGGAAUGUUGACCUUGGACCUGAUCCAAGAGGAGGACCCCUCCCCUGAAGACCCCACUUCUUGUGCUGAGAGCUUCCGUGUUGACCUGGACAAGUCAAUGGCCCAGCUGGCAGAAGGCCGGCGACGGGCAGACUCAGACAGAAUACACCCCGCUGUGGACCGGGGCUGUAGCUUUCCCCGGCCCUGGGAGAAGCCAGAUAAGGGGGCCCCCUAUACUCCCCAGGCUCCCAAGAAGCAGACGCCCUCAGAGAAAGGACGAUGUGCUUCCUUGGAAGAAAUCUUGUCUCAGCGGGAUGCUGCCCCAGCCCAUGGCCUGCUACAGCCUGAGAAUCACUCUACCCCAACCCCACCUCACCCUGGACAGCUGUCCCGGAUCCAGGACCUGGUAGCCAGGAAACUGGAGAAGACUCAGGAGCUGCUGGCAGAGGUGCAGGGGCUGGGGGAUGGGAAACGAAAGGCCAAGGACCCUCCACGUUCUCCCCCUGACUCUGAGUCAGAACAGCUGCUGCUGGAGACAGAGCGACUGCUUGGGGAGGCAUCAUCCAAUUGGAGCCAGGCAAAGAGAGUACUGCAGGAGGUGAGGGAGCUGAGGGACCUGUACAGACAGAUGGACCUUCAGACCCCAGACUCCCAACUCAGACACACUACUCAGCACAGCCAGUACCGGAAGAGCCUGAUGUGAGGGGGCAAGAAAGAGGGGUCUAGGACACAUUGGAGGGAGGGAUGGGCAGACACUGGGAUAGGGUUUGUUUUGUUUUAUUUUGUUUUUUAAUUUACCACAAUCAAAAAAAAAAACAAAAAACAA